GAAAAUCCAGAUAUAGAGUUGGCCUAAUAUUAGCAGAGCGUCUCUCUUCUUCUUCUUCCAAGUUGAGCUAUAAAGGCAGAGUCCAACUAAAAAUAGCACAAACUCCAUAACCAUAUCUUCUGCUUCGCAAGCCGUAUUCCAAUUGGGGGAGAAACUCACAAAAUCAAAACGAUAACAAAUUCAUUUUUUCCUUUUUCUUUUUUUCUUUUCUGGGUUGUGGGUUGUAUCAUUUUCAGUUUCUCUGUUUAUGAUUUGUUCUACAGGAAGAACGAUUGUAACACCAGGAGGAACUAUCACUCCAAUCUCUCCACCCAUAAAAAACCCAUCUCAUUUCUCUCAUUUUACUUCAAUUCUCGCCCCAAAAUCAUACCCUCUUCUUAUUUUCACAAGAAUUUCACUCUUACACCUCAAAACUCAAUUGAUUCUUACUAGAAAACCACCACCACUAUCUUCAUUAAUGGCAAUGGACCGCUCUGCAGCUUCCUCGUCCUUGAUGCUAACGUCUGGUGCCAGCGGAAGGAUUAAUGCGUUAUUUUCUGUACAAGCGUUGAAGAGUUUUUUAAUACUGAUAAACGCUGUCGUUUUAUUUCUGCUUCUUCCCUUUCGCGGCCGGAGACGGACGGUGCCAAUUAGUUCAUCGACAGAGAAGCCUAAAGAUUUUGAGAAGCUUCAGGAUUGUGGGUCCCAGCGGAAGAUGGUGCGGGUCCCAGCGACAAUCGUGCCGUGGAAAAGUAGCUCAUCAUCUGGUAGUGGUGGAGUGGUGGUGGAUCAGGAGGUGGCGACCAGGAGGGCCCUUGCAAUCCGCCGGGUGUUACAGGACGAUGACCCCAAUUCAUUGAGGGAGUCUUCGCUGUUUGUUACUGCCAGAGGAGACACCCUGUUUACCCAGUUGUGGACCCCUGUUUCUGUCAGAAUCAGGGGACUGGUUGUUCUUAUGCAUGGCCUAAAUGAACAUAGUGGCAGAUACAAUGAUUUUGCAAAGCAGCUGAAUGCUCAUGGGUUUAAGGUUUAUGGAAUGGAUUGGAUUGGACAUGGUGGGAGUGAUGGCCUACAUGCAUAUGUUCCUGCUCUUGAUUAUGCUGUUAGCGAUUUGAAAAAUUUUCUUGAUAAAGUUUUAGGAGAAAAUCCCGGCCUUCCAUGUUUUUGCUUUGGACACUCAACAGGAGCAGCCAUUGUCCUGAAGGCGGUGCUAGAUCCAAAAGUGGAAGCCCGUGUAGCUGGUGUAGUACUGACUUCCCCUGCAGUAGGAGUUCAACCAUCCCAUCCUAUUUUUGUGGUACUAGCUCCAAUUUUCUCAGUUUUGUUGCCAAGGUUGCAACUUAGUGCUGCGAACAAGAAGGGUACGGUAGUGUCUCGCGAUCCGGAGGCACUGAUAGCCAAGUAUUCAGACCCACUAGUGUACACUGGAUCCAUUAGGGUAAGAACUGGAUACGAAAUUCUCCGGAUUACAACCUACCUGCAGCAAAAUCUAACCAAAAUGAGAGUACCAUUUCUAGUUCUGCAUGGUACAGCUGACACCGUAACUGACCCAGAAGCUUCAAAAAAACUUUACGAUGAAGCAUCCUCAACGGACAAAACCAUAAAAUUAUGUGAAGGAUUAUUACAUGAUCUCAUAUUUGAACCAGAAGGACAAGAGAUUGUGAAUGACAUAAUUGAGUGGUUGGGUUGUAGGCUAUAAGUUUUGAUAGUGCAACAAAAGAAAAAAAUAUUGGAUAGUUUAGCCAAGAAGUAAAAGAGAAUUGCUGCUUGAAUGAAGCUUUCCAAUGAAUUAAGUAGACCAGAAGAAGUUGUGCUGCAGAAUAAGAUUUUAAUGAUUGUUGAAACCUGAACCUCUGUUGCUUUGUGAUUGAUUGUAAUGCUAUUUGAAUACCAAGCAUUCUUGUGAAUGUUAUGUAAACUGCCUUUUGCUUUUGCUCUUUAUCUGGUUGUAGUUAACUAAGAAGCAAGAAGCUUAAAUAUGAGACUCAACUAGCUAA